AUGGAGGCUGCACGCCCAUACUGCGCCCAGCAAACGAAGUGCUGCUGCUGCCAGCUGCCGAGAUAUGCCAAGAUCGGAGUCUGCUGUGUCUCCGUGUACCUGGGCCUGAUACCCGUCGUUUAUCUGAUCGGACACUUCCUGAUCUAUCCAGGCUCGGACUGGGUGUCCCAGCUCUCGACGUGCGAGAAGUUCACCUUUGCCGGUACCACGGGUCAGCCGAUUCGUGCGGCUCACUGCCUUUAUGGGCCGGCGAAGAACGCGACGCCUGUUGUUGCCUUUGGCGGCAAUGGGAUGAACAUGUAUGAUUCUCUGGAAAGUAUGGACAGCAUCUUUCCAACAAUGAAGCUGGACGAGUCCUGGGACAUCUACUCCAUCUCCUUGCCGGGGGGCCAGUAUGCACCCAGCCACGGCUGGACCACCGAGGGCCGGGCCGAACAGGAGGCCGAGGCUCUCUUAGACUACGUGCACAACGUUACAGGGAAGCAGGUGGUAGUCUAUGGUUGGUCCCUGGGCUCCUCUGUCGCUGCCGCGCUGGCUGCGAAGAGCGAUGCUGUGCAGUGCGUGUUGCUGGGGAACCCUUUCACGAGCAUCCGCGACGUGGCACUCUCCUGGACCAGAAACUUGGCCUGGCCCUACCUGUACGUCUUGGAUGAGUGGCCCACGGCACGGCGGGCGAAGCAGUUCCGGGCUCCGGCGAUCGUCUUCUCAUCGACCCAGGACCAAGUUGUGCCGCAAGAGAUGCACAGAAAGGUCUAUGAGGCCAUUCCGUCGCAGAAAAAGUUGCUGGAGUUGCCGCUGGAGCACAUGGACAUCAGCGGCUUCGCGGACGCCGCGCGCGACGACAUCAGGAAGUGGUGCAUGGCUGGUGGUGAGAGCUUGUCAGCUUCGCGGCAGCUGACUGUUGCAGAAGUCGGCGUGUUCCAUGGUCACACAACAGCCGUCCUGGCGGCUGUGUUCCAUCAGGUGAUUGCAGUGGAUGUUGAGGAAUCGUAUCUGCGGAUUGCAUCUCAGCAUACCAACGGCUCAAGGAACAUUGUCUUCGUGGCAGGAGACUCCGGCGUGGACCGGUGGCACGCCUUUCGCUCCAAUCACAUCGACGCAGUCCUCAUCGACGCAGAUCACCGCUACGAGUCCGUCCGCACCGACGUCGAGAACGCCCUGCGUGUGAAGACCGUGAAGUACUUUGCUUUCCACGACUAUGCGGCCUUCCCUGGCGUUCGGCGAGCCAUCGAGGAGUUCGAGGAGAGGGGGGCGCUAGUGAAAUGUCAGGCAAUCGGUUCGGGAUGGGAUGGGUCGACCUGGUUCUACAACGACCGGGACCCCAGCACCCAGACAAACUUGUCCGAGGGGCGCCUAUGUCGAAGGGGCAAGCUGAGCAGCUUGGCGCCAUCCUUUGUGAACAAGGCCUUCUACAUCUUCACGCAUCCCAUCGACGACCUUCAGAGGAAGAUGGACUGCCAGUUUCUUGCUACGGGCAGAAUGAUAUGCAGUGCACUGCAGGGCGUCUGGAGCUUCCUUGACGCAGGCCGCCGGCUCCAGGUGAAGUUGGAUGGACCGUCACAAGAAGACUUCCCGAUCUUCUUCAACAAAGACCACACCGCCUUCAUCAUGGGCCCGUACUUGGGCGAGACGUACUUUGGAUUGCAGGAGGGUCUGGCCUUCAUGGCCCUGCAUCAGGCCAACCGGCUCUUCAAGGAUGCGAAACGGCAGCCCCUCUAG